UUACAUGAGCAAAAAAACACAGCAUCCGUCUUGUUUCGCUGUCUUUUAAUCGCCGCUAAUUAGGAUGCAUCCUGUUAAAUAGAGCAAAUUAGGAUGGAAUUCGAUCAGAGCAACAUCGUUGAAGGGGCCGACGGGCAGAACGCGCCGAUCGAGCGAAUCGAGGAGCUCUUUUCGCUUCUCGACUUGGCCGAAUCUCAGGUGUCGUCGAGUGCUGAUAAGGCAAUAAAGGACAUCAACGCAUUCUGCGACGCCCUUUCGGCCGCGAUCGAAGCCGCGAUCGAAACUCGGAAACAGGCGCUCACAGCGGAAGUGCUCAAAGCCAAGGCAGAAGGCAUCGCCGGGCUGAAGCCUUAUCGCGAAGCGGUCGGAUCAAGACUCGGCACCAUCAACGAAAGCGAUGCCAACAUCUGCUCUGCCCUCAGUAGACCUGGAAAAAGAGGCCGUAGCAAAAACACUCUGAGGAUUCCACGUAAAGAAGAGCUUCCGCACAUUUCGGUUCAGCUUCCUGGCAGGGCCUUGCAGACAAAAGUGUGCAACGAGAUUAUGGCGGCUGGAAAAGUGUCAAGUCGAGGCCCAGUCCAGCUAACUUUCAUUGAGGAAAAGCCAGGAGCUUUGCUUCUGAAUUGGGAAGAGGUCGACCAAGGACGGGCUGUAGAUUUCUGUCAAUUUAGACUUCAGCGAGCCCACGGUGAUGCUUGCCACAAUCCAAGCCUCGAAGCCAACUUCCACGACAUCUACAGAGGACCAGAUGCGUCGUUUUUGGCAAAAGAGUUGAUCCCUGGGGAUCCUUACACAUUUCGGGUGUGCAGCAGAGCUGAAGGAGACCAGGAAUGGAGCGCCUGGAGCUUGCCCAAAGUUGCCAUUACAAGACUUAAGCAUUUUGGUUGGCAGAUCGACAACCCCAACUAUCAAGUCACAAAUGAUAACAAAAUCGCUUCAAAAAUCUCAUCCGACCCGUCAGUUCUGUACUCAUGUGGUGCCCAAUUUGGCCCUGGCCAUUCAAUUGAGUUUACGGUUCUGGAGGCAAAGGAAUGCAUGAGUGACGAGGGCUUUGGUCUUGCUUCCAAAAAGCUUGCUGGUGAUUCGCUGUUCCAGACCGGCACUUUGAUAGUUAACGGACAAGGUUCCAUAUUUGUUGAUGGAAGUGCAAAAACGACCAAGUUGCCAGCCCUGACCCUAGGGUCAAAAGUCACAUUCACCUGCGAAGAGGUAGCCAGUGACCGGAUGCGCGUCCACAUCGACAGCGAUAACAAAACCGUGACCUACGACUGGCGUGUUCCUGCACAACCACUCCUAUUUGUCCUGGGCUUUGGGCAAGUGGGUUGGAAGGUUCUUGUCGAGUAAGACCCGACACGAUGAUAUUUUUACUAGUUUCACCAUAGUCACAAAAAGAAACUGAGAUUCUUCCAAUACAUUACAUACUCCUUUACAAAAGGGACCAUUUUUCAAUAGCCGCAAUGAAUGUUGAAUGCCAAUCGGGAGUUUUGAUUGGCCUAGAUUAAUAUAAUUAUUAAGAAUUUCUCAGCUGGAAUUUAGAAUAGUAUUUGAGAGUUAUCAAAUUUCAAGUCACUUUUGAGCAUAAAAAUUUAAGAUAUUUAUAAUCUGACUUUGUCUUAUCCCUUGUCAGACGUGAGACCCAUCGAGACCAGCCUUGGUGGACUUUGGUCCAUAAGCAAUUUUUUUUAAUUAUAAAAUAAUUUCGUUUUUAAAAUACAAUUUUAAUAAUUAAAUUUUAAUUUAUUAUCAAGUCAAUUUAAUAUACAUCUAUUUCAAUAAUAGGUUCAGUUCGAUGUUUAUUUAGUGUCAACCUUUUUAAUUUUGCUUAAAUUCGUAAGUUUUAAUAUUAAAUUUCCACUUAUUCCAAUUUAAAUUACAUUUGAUUAAAAAAAUGAGACCCACUGAAAAUACCAAUGAUCUUGAUGGGUCUCACGUUCGACAAGGAAUUUGAAAUUUUAACCUAAGUGCUCUGCAUUUCUUCCUAUAUUAUCUUUGUAUUUUUCUAAUGCAUUUAAUAAUCUUGCUCUUUUGUCAAAAGAACCUCACUUGAGUUAAUUUUAGCUAGUUUUUCAGCACUACUUUAUUUUUAAUGUCGUCUUGAAUCGAUUUCAUAGGUUUUAUUUUCAUUGAUCAUAAAAACAUUGAAUUGUCAGGUAGUAAUAAGUUUUGUGAAGUCAACUUUAUUUUUUGUAGUCAAAGUGUGUAGGUUACACAAAUUUACAUGAAAUUGGAAUAAAGAAAUGAGCCUUACAUCUA